UCUGUAUGUGUGUGUGCAUGGAGAAUCCGAAUGUGUGUAUAUGUGUGAAUGUACGUGUGUGACUGUGGAGGUCAGAACAGACUGAGAGAUCCCAAGUGCUGACACACUCCUAACUGCACCAUCCUCAUUAGAUUAAUCAAAUGUUACAGAGUGCGGCGACUGCAACUGCCUAAUCAUACGAGGGAAGUACAGCAAGGAAGAAGAACACAGGGAAAUAACGACGGAAAGAUAUAAACGAUUCGGAAAUUAUAAUAUGAAAAAAGACGAGGUUCAGGCACUAGGUUUUGUUCCACAAAAAGAGAUCGUUUACAGUAAACUCCUACCAUACUCGGACAAACUAGACAAGGAAUCCAAUGACAUUUUGGCAAAAAUCAAAGCUAAUUUGGGCCGGGCAGUCCUCCUCAGGGAGUUAUGGCCCGGAGUUAUGUUUUGGACCAGGAAACUUUCUACGUACAUUCGGCUGUAUGGACGAAAGUUCAGCAAAGAAGAUCAUGUACUGUUCAUUAAGCUGCUUUAUGAGCUGGUGACCAUUCCUAAACUGGAAAUAAGUAUGAUGCAGGGAUUUGCACGCCUCUUGAUCAGUCUACUGAAGAAGAAAGAACUUCUUUCUCGAGAAGAUUUAGAACUGCCCUGGCAGCCCCUAUAUGAAAUGUUAGAGAGAAUUCUCUACUCCAAGACGGAGCACCUGGGGCUGAAUUGGUUUCCAAAUUCUCAACGGCUAGACUCGGCUUCCUCUAAAAGCAUAGUGCUAAAUAUUUUACAGAGGUGCUCUGUUGAAAAUGUGCUGAAAACACUUGUAAAAAGCUGUAGACCGUAUUUCCCCGAAGAUGCUACCCAGGAGAUGCUGGAUGAGUGGAGGCCCCUUCUGUGUCCGUUUGAUGUAACCAUGCAGAAGGCCAUCAGCUAUCUGGAGCUCUUCCUGCCCACCACCCUGCCUCCUGAGCUGCACCACAAAGGCUUCAAGCUUUGGUUUCCUGAAUUCAUAAAAUUGUGGGUGUCUGUUCAGAACCUCCCAGGUUGGGAAGGGCAUCUAGUAAGCCUUUUUGCUCGUUUGGCAAGUGACAACAUAGGUUAUAUCGACUGGGAUCCUUAUAUUCCGAAGAUAUUUACCAGAAUUCUCAGAAGUCUAAAUCUUCCUGUGGGAAGCAGCCAAGUUUUAGUUCCAAGAUACUUGACAAAUGCCUAUGAUAUAGGCCAUAUUGUCAUUUGGGUCUCCUCAAUGCUGGGUGGUCCCAGCAAACAAGCACAGAAACAACUCAGUGGGCUGUUCAACAGCAUUACUUCAUUCUUCCAUCCCUCCAACAAUGGAAGAUGGCUGAUGAAGCUAAUGAAGCUGCUACAAAGACUCCCAGCCAGUGUGGUGAGGAGGCUGCACAAGGAACGCUACAAGAAGCCCACAUGGCUCACCACAGUGCCAGAGCACCACAAGCUGACGGAGCAAGACAUCACUGACUUUGUGGAAAGUAUGAAGCAGCCAGUGCUCCUGGCCAUAUUCAGCAAGACUGGGAGCCUAGAGGCUGCACAGGCCUUACAGAACCUGGCACUGAUGAGGCCUGAGCUUGUCAUCCCCCCUGUGCUGGAGAAGACCUACCCUGCCAUGGAGACACUGACAGAGCCUCACCAGCUAACUGCCACUCUCAGCUGCAUGAUUGGCGUAGCACGUAGUCUGGUAUCUGGUGGUCAUCGCUUCCCCGAGGGUCCAACUCAUAUGCUGCCCCUCCUGAUGAGAGCCCUGCCUGGAGUUGACCCCAAUGACUUCAGCAAGUGUAUGAUCACAUUCCAGUUCAUUGCAACAUUUUCUACUCUUGUGCCUUUGGUAGACUGUUCAUCAGCAAUUCAUGAAAGAGAUGACCUUACUGAAGUGGAACGUGAGUUGUGCUCAGCCUCAGCAGAGUUUGAGGACUUUGUUUUGCAAUUUAUGGACAGGUGCUUUGCACUGAUUGACAGCAGCACAUUGGAGCAGACCCGAGAGGAGACUGAGACGGAGAAGAUGACCCACCUUGAAAGCCUGGUGGAGCUGGGCCUGUCCUCCACAUUUAGUACUAUCCUCACACAGUGCUCCAAAGACAUCUUCAAGGUGGCUCUGGAGAAGGUUUUUAACUUUGCCACGACAAACAUCUUUGAGACGCGUGUAGCUGGGAGAAUGGUGGCAGACAUGUGCAGAGCUGCUGCUAAGUGUCAUCCAGCAGAGUCUUUGAAGCUUUUUGUGCCAUAUUGCUGUAAUGCAAUCAAUCAGCUCACAGUCCAUGAUGAUGUGCUAAGUGAGGAAGAGCUGGAUAAGGAACUACUCUGGAAUCUCCAGCUUCUCUCUGAGAUCACACGUGUAGAUGGGGACAAGCUUCUGACGUACCGGGCCGAACUGGUGCAGAUCCUGCAGCGCACACUGCACCUGAAGUGUAAGCAGGGCUACUCGCUGUCCUGUAACCUGCUGCACCAUCUUCUGCGCUCCAUUGCCCUCACCUACCCCAUCGAGUACUGCAGCAUCCCAGGUGGCUUUGACAAGCCCCUUGCAAACUACCUCCCCAUCAAGGACUGGGGGAAGCCAGGCAACCUGUGGAACCUGCAGAUUCAGUGGCACGUGCCUAGGGCAGAGGAGACCACCUUCGUCUUUUACGUGCUGGACACCCUGUUGCAGCCCGAAUUGGUCCGUCUGCAGAGACAUGCCCGGGGCCAGCUUGACAUGAGCAGGGAUGAUGUCCUUCAGAGCCUGUCAGUUGUGCAGCACUGUCUUCUGGGCGCCGGGAGCCUACUGCCUCCACUGGGUGGAGAGCCGGUCCCUGACCUUGUUCCAAGCAUGGUGAAUUUAGAGGAGACAAAACUAUUCACUGGUGUCGAUUAUGACACAUCAAGGGAGAACUACAGAGAAGUCAUCUGCAGAGUAAUGAGGGAACUCUUGCAUCACAUUCUGGAGAAUUCAGAAGAUGACACCAAGUCCCUGUUUUCGAUCAUAAAGAUUAUUGGGGAUUUGCUACAUUUUAAAGGCUCCCAUAAGCAUGAGUUUGACUCCCGAUGGAAGAGCUUCAACCUGGUCAAAAAGUCAAUGGAGAAUCGGCUCCAUGGCAGAAAGCAGCACAUUCGAGCUUUGCUGAUAGACAGGGUCAUGCUACAGCAUGAGCUGAGGAAGCUGACAGUUGAGGGGUGUGAAUACAAGAGAGUUCACCAGGACUUGCUGAGGGACCUACUGCGCCUCUCCACCAGCACCUACAGCCAGGUGCGGAGUAAAGCUCAGAGUGUCUUCUUCACUGCUCUGGGUACCUACAACUUCUGCUGCCGGGACUUGAUACCCCUGGUUCUGGAGUUCCUGAAGCCAGGCCGGCAAGACAUCUCUCAACAGCAGUUCAAAGGUGCCUUGUACUGCCUCCUGGGAAAUCAUAAUGGGGUCUGCCUGGCAAAUCUCCAUGACUGGGACUGCAUUGCCCAGACCUGGCCAGCUAUCGUGUCUUCUGGCCUGAGCUCUGCAAUGUCUCUCGAGAAGCCAUCCAUUGUGCGGCUGUUUGACGAUCUGGCAGACAAGAUCCAUCGCCAAUAUGAGACCAUUGGUUUGGACUUCGGUAUACCUGAGAGCACUACAGCAAUUGCACUGAAAAUCAUGCAGUCUGGAAACACUGUCCCUUACCAACCUCUGCCCUCACCCCACGAUGUUGAGAAGGGCAUUCAGUACCAGCAGGGCAGGAAUCUGGAUGCAUUGCGGAAAUAUGAAAAACUAAUAAAUGACCUCCUGGAAAGCCUCAGUCAGAGAAAUUUACCCUGGAAGUUUGAACACAUUGCUAUUGGGUUUCUGUCUCUUUUGCUCCGGGAUGACCAUCCCUUGCCAGCCCCAGCUGUGCAUUUCUUCGUUCAGAGUCUGAACCACGAUGCACUCAUUGUCCGUAAGAUGGCCAUCUCAGCUGUGGCUGGGAUAAUGAAGCAGCUGAAGAAACCUCACAAGAAAGUGGAAAUCGAUCCUUAUGAAAUCAGUGGCUGCAGUCCGCCCAAUGAGAUCCUUGCAGGGGACAGACCUGACAACCGGUGGCUACAGUACGACAGCAGUUGCUUGCCAAAGACCCAGGAGGCCUGGGAGGCCUUUCGCUUUGUGGAGAAGACACACUGGGGCUACUACAGCUGGCCACGUAAGAUGAUGCUUUAUGCCCCUGUGGAGGAGCAGCCUAAGCUGAACCAGAAGAGAGAGCAUCUGAAUGAGAUUGAGAAGAUCAUCUUUGACCAGUUUUCAGAUCCUAAAUUCAUUGACCAACUGAUUAAGUUCCUUUCAUUAGAAGACAGGAAGGGAAAGGAUAAAUUCAAUCCACGCAGGUUCUGCCUCUUCAAGGGGCUGUUCAGAAACUUCGGUAAUGCCUUCCUGCCAGUGCUGAAGUCCCACAUGGAGAGGCUGGUGGCCGACUCCCAUGAGAGCACGCAGCGCUGUGUGGCCGAGAUCAUCGCCGGAUUGAUCCGUGGCUGCAAGCACUGGAGCUUCACUGAGGUGGAGAAACUUUGGGAGUUUCUGUGUCCGCUGAUCCGUACAGCUCUGUCCAACAUUACUGUGGAGACCUACAGUGAUUGGGGAACCUGCAUUGCUACAGCUUGCGAGAGCAGAGACCCCCGUAAACUGCACUGGCUCUUCGAGAUGCUCAUGGAGUCACCCCUCAAUGGAGAGGGAGGCUCAUUUGUAGAUGCCUGCCGGUUGUACGUGCUGCAGGGGGGACUUGCGCAGCAAGAGUGGCGCGUUGCCGAGCUCCUGCACAGACUGCUGUGCUACCUGGAACCCAAACUCACCCAGGUGUACAAGAAUGUCCGCGAGAGGAUAGGGAGUGUCCUGACCUACAUCUUCAUGAUCGACGUCAGUCUGCCCUACACACAGCGCACCUCUUCUCCACGUAUCUCCGAUUUCACAGAGAGGGUCCUGCAGAAGCUUAAGCCCCUGACAGAAGCAGAUGAGGAGAUCCAGAACCACGUAGUGGAGGAGAAUGGAGUUGGAGAGCAGGAUGAGAGGACACAGGCCAUUAGACUCUUGAAGACAGUGCUGAAGUGGCUGAUGGCCAGUGCAGGCAGGUCUUUUUCUACUGCUGUCCCUGAGCAGCUCCAGCUGUUACCCCUGCUGUUCAAGAUUGCACCUGUAGAAAAUGAUGACAGCUACGAUGAACUGAAAAGAGAUGCCAAGACCUGCUUGUCACUUAUGUCUCAGGGACUGCUGUAUCCACAGCAAAUACCAAUGGUGCUACAAGUUCUCAAAGAGAUAGCGGGAAGCAGCUCCUGGCAUGCACGGUACUCAGUGCUGACCUAUCUCCAGACCAUGGUCUUCUACAACCUGUUCACCUUUCUGAGCAGCGAGGAGGAGGUGCAGGAUGUGCGAUGGCUGGUCGUGAGGCUACUGGAGGAUGAGCAGCUGGAGGUGAGAGAGAUGGCCGCCACCACCCUCAGCGGUUUUCUACAGUGCAAUUUCCUUUCCAUGGACAGUCCCAUGCAGGCCCACUUUGAAAAGCUGUGUAAGACACGUCUGCCGAAAAAGAGGAAAAGAGACCCAGGGUCUGCGGUGGACACCAUUCCCCCUGCAGACCUGGUGAAGCGCCAUGCUGGGGUGCUGGGUCUGAGUGCCUGUAUCCUGUCUAGCCCCUAUGAUGUCCCUACUUGGAUGCCACAGCUACUCAUGGACCUCAGUGCACAUCUGAAUGACACUCAGCCCAUUGAGAUGACAGUGAAGAAGACUCUUUCCAAUUUCCGCAGGACGCACCAUGACAACUGGCAGGAGCACAAGCAACAGUUCACAGAUGAUCAACUUCUAGUUCUCACUGACCUGCUGGUGUCCCCUUGCUACUACGCAUAGAUGGAUGCUGUAUGAACCUCUUCUGGUGAUGCUGUUUUUGGAGGAAUAUCCACACAAGAAAAUUUGUUUAAUUUUUACUUUUUUAGUCACCUGGUUUGUAUGGACACGGACAGAUCACAUUGACUUGCCACAAAUGGAGGGUUUACACAGGAUUUCUUCCCCACAAAGAGCCACAGUCUUUCCAGAAGUGGGAAAACAAAAUACUUAUAUAUCUUGGAAAUAAGAAACAUUUAUUUAUGUAUUUAGCACUUGUUUACGUUUUUAAUAUACUUAAUAUUUAAGGUUAACAGAGGCAGAAAGAAAUAGUCUGCCAAGUUUGUAAUAUUCCUGUACAGUUUUGCUUGCAAGAGUGCUUGGACUGCUUGGAGAUGGCAGCAGCUGAUUAUUUGACAGACAUCUAAAGUGUUGUGUAUAGGUGUAAAAGAGUUGUACAAAUUGAAAGAUUUGCCACUAACCAAUUAUGUUGUACAUAAUGUAAUCUUUACUGUAAUGUAUCUUUGGAUAUAUUCCUUUGUAAAGAUUUGCAUUAGUCAAUGGUUUAAACUGUAUAGUGGUUAUUUUAGAUACUCAGAUCAUAUGCCAUAUUAACAAGUUUUAUUUUUUUUGAUUUUUUUUAAAUAUAUAUCUAUUUUCAAAAGUGCUUUUUACUCCUUGAAAGUAUCGCCGAGGUAAGCCAUAGCUUUGGUUUGUGAUUAGAUUUCAGUGAUCGGCAUAAUGUGGAGUGCAUGUGACUAUCCUGACACUGAAAUGCACAGCAGUGCUCUGCUGGUUUUGCAUUGUUUCUCUCUGCACUCUGUGGUUAUGAUGGCAUAUGACUGGGAUAUCAAUUCAGCUUCUCCGUCCAGAGCAGACAACACAUUAAAUUCAUUUCAGAGUAUUAAUGCUUCACCAUUAUUUUUUUUAACUUGGUAAUCCUUCAAUAUGUGUGGUGAACUUAAUUUAAAUAUCUCAAAAACAUUGUUUGCCAUAUUUCAUUUGUUAAUGGUUUGGGUUAUUUUUUAAACACUUGAAGCAAAUUUGAGUACUUUCUCUGUUUUGUACUUCACAGAGGUCCAGACCGUGUUCUUAACCACUAUAUAGUGUAGUGCCAAAAAUGCAGUGAUUUUUAGGUGUAGUUUGCUUAUUUAAAAGACAAUAAAUGGAUUGUUUAUUACAAAUGCUGCAUCUCAUUAUUUAACCAUGGCUCAUCUAUACUUAUUGAUUUCCUGUAAAUUCUGAUACAUGGAUGAAGUUUGUAAUGGUUCCGGAGAGUGUUUCUAACUUUCUGCACAGCUAAAUCAAUAAAAAAAAAUAUUGGAAUGUA